AUGAAAGAUCUUGCUGAUGUUGUAAAAGCAAAGCAAAACACACCAGCUAGUCAAUAUGGUUACCUUUUUGCUGUUUCCUCAUUACUUAGUAAUGGAGCAGACCCUAACGUAGCUGAUAAUGAUGGUAUAACACCUCUUAUUAAAGCCAGUAAAAAUGGUCAUGGUGAUGUUGUUGAGUUAUUACUAGAGACGAACGUUCAGAUAGAUACCCAAGACAAAAAUGGAAUAACAGCCAUUUCUAAAGCUAGCUUCUAUGGUCACUCUUCUGUCGUUUCUAUCUUACUUAACAAUGGGGCAGACCCUACCUUAGCUAAUAUCAAUGGUUGGACACCUUUAAUUGUAGCAAGUAGAAAUGGUCAUGAUGAUGUUGUCGAGUUAUUACUAGAGAAGAAUGUUCCGAUAAAUACCCAAGAAGAAAAUGGAGUUACAGCCAUUUCUAAAGCUAGCUUCAUUGGUCACUCUUCUCUGAUAACAAUGGGGACACCUUUAAUUGCAGCAAGUAGAAAUGGUCAUGGUGAUGUCAUUGAGAUAUUACUAGAGAAGAAUGUUCCAAUAAAUACCCAGGACAAAAAUGGAAUAACAGCCAUUCAUGCUAGCAAAAAAGGUCACUCUUCAGUUGUUUCAAUCUUACUUGACAAUGGUCCAUUUUUUACUGCUAGCUUUAAUGGUCACUCUUCUGUUGUUUCUAUCUUACUUAACAAUGGUGCAGACCCUAAUCUAGCUGAUAACAAUGGCUGGACACCUUUAAUUGCAGCAAGUAGAAAUGGUCAUGGUGAUGUCAUUGAGAUAUUACUAGAGAAGAAUGUUCCAAUAAAUACCCAGGACAAAAAUGGAAUAACAGCCAUUCACAUUGCUAGCGAAAAAGGUCACUCUUCAGUUGUUUCAAUCUUACUUGACAAUGGUGCAGACCCUAAUCUAACUGAUAAUAAUGGCUGGACACCUCUAAUUGCAGCAAGUAGAAAUGGUCAUGCCAGUCUAAAUGGUCAUGGUGAGGUCGUUGAGUUAUUACUAGAAAAGAAUGUUCCAAUAAAUGCCAAAGACAAAAAUGGAAUAACAGCCAUUUACAUUGCUAGCAAUAAUGGUCACUCUUCUGUCGUUACUAUCUUACUUAACAAUGGUGCAGACCCUAAUAUAGCUGCUAAGUAUGAUUCUAACCUAGCUAAUAAUGAUGGAAUGACACCUCUUAUUAUAGCAAGUGAAGGUCAUGGUGAUGUCAUUGAGUUGUUACUAGAGAAGAAUGUUCCAAUAAAUACCCAAGAUAAAGAUGGAACAACAGCCAUUUAUAAUGCUAGUCAUAGUGCAUUGUACUUCUCAAGUUAUUUUGGACAUGAAAAUAUUGUUAGACAGCUACUGGAAGGUGGUGCUGAUCCACUUAUAAGAGACUUGUUUGGCGUUCACCUCUAG